UCCGUACUGCAUGCCACGGGCAUAUACCUUAGUAACAGCAGUACCUACGCAAUACCUAAUCUACACCCCCUCCCCAAUCUCCACAGUCAAGGAAACCAGGUUCCUGGGCCCCAAGAAACAAGCUCCGCCAUUCCUUCACUCACUCGCGAUAAAGCACCGCGAGGACAUCGAGCCAUACCCAGCACCCUCGCACCCCCAUUGGCCCCAAGCAACUACGCCUGCAAAUCUCUUCGAAACAGCUACAAGGCAGGGCUAAAUUUUUCUUUCGCUAGGCGAAUGGGGAAGAAAAAAACGUCACCGGACGCGUUGAUCCAAUCUCGACUUCAUAUAACGAGUCUCGGCUCACCGGCUCUUCUGUGCCUGAAAUUUGCCGCUGGCAACGUCGGCUCUCGCAUGCCGGUGGCGGCGCACGCCUGCAUAUACUUGUGACACAUGCGCAGCUUGUGUGGUGUUUUUAGAUCUUUAUUAGUUUUUUGUUUUUUUGCGGGGUGCAGUGCAUGUGCAUCGGAAAUAUACGCUGCUCGUUCCGCGGUGUCAAACGACAUGGGGAUGUACGAGAUGUUGGACUUGGCCUUUAGUUGACAGAGCACUUUGUUUUUCGCAGUCAGUGGUGGCGGGAAUCCAGAUUGGAUUUGGGCGGGACGGCGCGGUGUAGAGUAGAUGAAAGUGGGCCUGCCUUCUAAGAUGUGCAGGGGGGAUUUGGUUGCAGAGACCUCGCUUCAGGUAAUUCAUCCUAGCAUGUACCGGGAGCAAGCAAGCAACACAUGAGCGUUUAGAGGUGACGAAACGCUCGAGAUAAACGAUACUAUCACAGCGUUUUCUUCGAGAAAGAUUGUGGCAAAUGCCAAAUGCAUAUGGUUCCAUACUACGUCUUCUUCCCAUAAACGGCCAAUGCAGCGCAGUAUUGAAGAACCGCGAAAUGCAAUCCGCUGUUAAUUAGAAAAAUGCAGGAAAAUAUUGGAGCAAGAGCGAUUGAUUAAACACCGUGUUAAGAGGAAUCCGAAGCCUCUUUGCUGGAAGCUACCAAAAGCGAAAACCAAGCGACAUAAUGAUUGAUAUAAAACCAGAUGGCUCCCCAAUGCCUCGAAAGGAGAAGAGAGAAGUCUGCAGAUCUGAGUCACAGGAAGGAGAAGAAGAAGAAGAAGACAAGGAGGUCCUACCUAGAAAAGAAAAGAAAAACCCCCCAGCAACCUAACAGCCCACUUCUUCUCCCCAGCAAGAUCCCACCACCACCAACAAGAAGUAACCCCCAUGAAAAAAAAAACCAGAUGCCCCGAUUCCAUCCUCUCCAACAGAAAAGGAGAAAACCGGCUUAUCCCCCUCCCCACCAUAUAAGAACAAGAAGGGAGGCAUGGAAAGGAGAACAAGAAAGAAGCAAGGCACAACCAAACAAACACCUCCAAGGGAAGAUGAUUGAGCUGCUUUUCCAAAAUGUCUCCUACCCACGCAACAAAUCCACUUCUUCGCUCCCCUUCUCCCUUUCGAAGAGAAGAGGAUGAAAAGAAGAUAGGGACACUGGAUGAUUUAUUUCCCGCCGCUGCCACUGGAGCCCGAGGAACCCUGCUGAUUCGUGUUUGUCGAUGAUCCGGACGCGCCGCCGGACUGU